UAGGCACCAGGACGUGUUAAUUAGUAAUCAAUAUGCAUGUUACUGGCAUAACUCCUGAAGAUCCAACAUUUUAUCCGACAGUCUUUGCAAUAUACCAGAGCUAAGUAAUUAAAUAUAUCACAAUGCUUCAAGCGCAGACCCCCAGUACUCCAAAGAUACCAAGCACACGAGGUCGGCCCUGCCAGUCCUCAAUAAGCACCUCCGAGCAAACACAACAACGACGGAAACAAAUUCGAGAGGCACAGAGGGCGUAUCGGUCUCGCCAGCAGUCGCAGCUUGAGUCGCUGAAAGCGCGUGUCGCUCAGCUGGAGGCUGUAGUGGAUCAGGUUGGCCAGGUUAUGGGCAUCUUCCAUGAUGCUGUUAUUAAGGAAAACGUGUUUAUUUCGCAGUCUAAACUGAUCCAGAGUGUUUUAUUGCUUCAGGACGAGGUUGGGGAGCAUUUGAAAAGAGCUAAAAGGGCUAGUUCCCCUGCUGUCAGUGGAUGUGAGUUCCAGGGGAAGAUUAACAGAGUCCUUUCGGAGCCAUGUCAAUCAACUCCUGGCCCUACUAAUAAAAACACUCCCGAAUUGCCAUUAACAUCAAACUUCUGGCACUUAUUCUUUAACUCGACCAACUCCAUCCUCCCACCAAUCCAGAACCCAAAUCAUGAUGAUAACGCAAGAUACCCACCUCUCACCACAACCAACCAGACAACCCCAUACACAACAACACUUUUCACCCAGAAACUCUUCUUCGCAUGUGCGAAAAGCGGUCAUCGAUAUCUCACCAACCCAACAGUAACAGACGCGCAGAUGUGGCCCGAAUUUGGGCUCAUGUUGAAACACCUUCCGCGGCAAGAAAUCAUUUCUUACUUUGAGCGGGUGCUUAGUACGAGCACGUGUAAUCCGAUACCUGAUUGUCGAUUUCCAUUUAUUAGUCUUGGAAAUGCAGGAGCACAUUUUUUGUCUGGGAUACACAAUUUACUUCCCUUUCAGGAGACGAAUGGGGUGCGGGUCAUUCCGAGUGAGGAGGAGUGGUUUGAUGUGAAGGAUGUUGAGGAAUAUCUGGUUAAUAAGGGUAUUCAACUCGUUGGUUGUUAUGAUUCCGCUUUUUCUAUUGGCGAAGAGUCUAGUCUGGCUCUGUCUGGACAGGUAUUUUCAAGUAACAUAGUUGCAGUUCUCGAUGAGGUGACCCUUAUCAACGGACUAAGUCGGCUCUGUAUUUGUCUGGGAUGCGUUGCUGGAUUUCGCCGUCGCGACAUAGAAAGCUUUAUAUGGCAAAAUUUACGGUGGACUUUUGAUUGAUAUCACCUUAGAGAAGUAUAGUACAUUUGAUACUUUGUAAUGCUUCUUCUCUUCUC